CAUAAAGUACAAACCGUUCUUAAAAUUACUCAUUUGGUACAAAAUGAUAUUUUUAAUUUUUAUACUUUUUUUUUAACUGGAACACUUCUGACGAGCUGGUUUCGAAGGGGAUUUAGGUAGUUCUUACGAUGUAUACUGUUUAUAAAAAAUAUGAAUGAUAUCACUGCGAAAAAACAUGGUAAAACCGAUUAAUUUAACUUUGGAUUUUAAAAUAAAAUUCCUCUUGACCGGAACUUGCCUACUCGGAACCUUUGUUUCUUCUCGGGACUUUUCGCACGGACUUAUUUUCUCGGGGGGUGGACUUCGUUUUUGAUGAGUUGCGGUAUUUGUUAUAAUUAACAUUACUGCAAAUAUUAAUGACGAAAACGGAAGAGUAAACAAAUCAAAAUUAUAAUUGACAUUUUUUGACCGUAGGGGUCACCCGAAAGGUGAAAUAAUUCUUCUGGACUUAUUUACGGGAAGACUUAUUCUGCUCGGUGGAACAAGUUACAAUUCUCCUCGCAUAUGAUUAAAUUCAACGCCCUUUUGUUUUAAACAGCACAAAACAUGUCUUCGACCGAAACUCGGUCAAAUGUCACCAAGGUUACAAGGAACUCGCGUGACAUUGACAGCCAGUGACUUGCAGCGAAGACCUCCAUGAUGUUUCCUUUCUUAAGAGGGCUUCCGCGAGUUCACCUGACGCGACACCUCCUGGGGUGCCCGCAGUCCCUCUCAUUGACAGCUCCUCGCCGGCUUCGAUACGGAGCCACUCGCGGCGGCGGACCCGUUUUGCCUUCACACGGCACCACCGGGACGGGCUUGGCCAAAACUGCUCCCCCACUUCCAGUUCCAUCAUGUGUGGCUCAGUUUCGUACCUCGACCCGUGUGAAGGCCUUACCGGCUCCUCUCAUCUGGAUGGUGCUCAAGCCUGUUCAAAAGCUCACGGCCAUCAUACUGGGCAGGAGUCUAAGGAAGUGGUGGGUGGCGCUGCCUGACAAUCGGCGUCAGCUCUUCCGCCAGUGGGCAUGGCAGCGGCGCUGGCGGCUGGUGGUGGCAGCAGGCGUGGGCGCCGUUAUCACGAUCCUCCUCCUCCUCACGCACUUGGAUCAAUCGCCGGUGACUGGCCGCACGCGCCUUUUGGUGUUCAGCAGGCAGAACUACAUGGAGCUGGCGGCCUUCACUUCAGAGGCGUACAUGGAGGAGUUUGGCGAUCGGCUGCUCCCGGAGAGCGACGCUCGUCACCGUGUGGUUGAGCAGGUGGUACAGCACCUGGCCCGGCGUAACCAGGACCUCGCCGAAAUGGCCGACGUGGACUGGAGCGUCCAUGUGGUGCAGAGUGACAACAGCAAUGCCUUUGUGCUCCCGAAUGGCAAAGUGUUCAUGUUCACCGGCAUGCUGGAAGCUGUGGCAGAUGUCCACCAGCUCACCAUCGUACUUGGACACGAAAUGGCUCAUGCUCUUCUGGGACACGCCGCGGAGCAGGCGAGCCUGUCUCACGUGGUGGACCUCCUGUCCGUGGUCCUGCUGGCCGCCAUCUGGGCCGUGUGUCCCCGCGACAGCCUGGCGCUGCUGGGUCAGUGGGCCCAGGACAAGCUCACACAGUUGAUGUUCAACCGUCCAUACAGUAGGAAGCUGGAGGCGGAGGCGGAUCAAGUUGGCUUGCAGUUGGCGGCGAAGGCUUGUGCGGACGUGCGUGCUGGCCCGGUCUUCUGGCAGCAGAUGGAGAUAAGGGAGCAGCUGAGUGGAGAGCCAAGCCUACCUGAGUGGCUGUCCACGCAUCCGUCACACAAGAACCGCGUGACGCAACUGGACCGCCUCGUGCCUCAAGCAUUGGAGUUGAGGGAACGCUGCGUGUGUCCCGCCCUG